CUCCGUACUUAUUUUAUUUCCAUAAAAUAAUCAACCUACAUAUGUAUGUACAUAUUUACAUAUAUGUGAAAACCCAAUCUCUGGGAAUUCUUAAGCUUUCUAUAUUCGCGGUAGUAGUUGAUUAUUAACGUGAUCUAGAGCACUUUGAAUGAAUCGUCGUACACCUUGCUGACCAUCCAAAGAAAAAGAAUCCCCCCCUCGCUGACAUUAUCCACAGGAUGAUGGCUGUCAUUGUGGAAUGUCAUAUUCGCUGAGUUUUAAAAAGACGUGAGCCCUCCAGAAUGGGGUGAUUUGUGUCUUGUAGGCGGUUUCUCGGCACCCACCCCGGAAGGACUACCCAAAAAACCGGGUCAAACACCAGGCCGAAUGUCAUGGCAACGCGGCCAAUAAGUCCUGGGGAGGGUGGUAUUUUUUGUUUUACUUUUCGUAAACAAAGCAGUCUGGACAGAAAGCACCAGACUUCACUCGAGAAUAAAGCUGAAAGAAAUGAGUACGCGAAAUAUAAUGAUCACGGAUCUGGAUCAACCCGAUCCGGAGCACCAGCCUAAGCGGAACCGCAAGGUCCUGCAGACCCUGUCUGGUAACUUUAACCGUCGGUCGCGUAGUGUUGAGGUCGAAGUGAAGCAACGUUCCGAACAGCAGUCAGCCAAGGAUCGCAAAAAGGAUCGGUCAUUUAACUCCCUGCUUCAGGCCAAGGAACAGCAGCUGGAGCAGCUCCUUCAAAGGCUAGCCACCCUCCAUCGCUACAAUGAACAGUUCGCCAAAGAGAACGAGCAGCUGCGGACGGACAGCGCUGAUCUGGAGCGGCGCCUAGCGGAAGCAGAGCUGCGUGUGGCCAACUGCUCCCGUUGCCAGCAGCUAGGCCAGCGCCUGGAGACGGUUCUCGGUCAGAACCGAACCCUAGCCGCCGAUGUGGACAUGUUAAAAACUCUGGUCUUCCGGCUAAAUGUCCAAAUAGAGAAUUACCAAGAUCAGCGACGCCACGGUGAAGAAGCGCCCCCAGCGGGGGGUGUUACAUCGUCGACGACUUCCCUUUCUUGUCCACCACUACCCACCCACACACUGGGCCCUCUCCUGCAAGCCUACGAUGAAUCCCUGAGAGACAAGAAUGCGCUGUUGGCACAGUUCAACACAGAGUUUGAACACUUCACAGGGGAGCUGAAGCGAGCACUAGAGGAAAACACCAAGUUGCUACAAACGCAGGAGCAACUACGUCGAGACCUCGGCGGCUGGCGGGAGGAACGUGUCUGCCUCCAGGCUCAGCUCGGGGUAUGUCGCUCCAAGGCAGAGGCCCAGACCCGCAAGACCGAUCUGGCUAAAGAGAAGCUGGUGGAGGUGAUGCAUUGCUACGAGCAGCGCACGCAGACUCUGCUGUUGGACAUGGACCACCUGCAAGCGGCUUAUGCCCGCACAAAGUCGGAAUUGGCCGCGCUCAAAAGUGCUCCGCCUUCUGUUGCAGUUACAAUUCCAGUACCUACACCUUCAGCUGCGCCUGCCGAUUCGGAGGCUGUUAUUCAGUGCAAAGCGCUCCUUGAGCAACUCCGGCAUGAACACGCAAGGGAGCGAGCUUCUCUUCAAGACCAACUGCAAGCCACCAAUGCCCGAGCAGUUUCUUUGGCCCGCAGCACAGAGAAAGCAAAACACGGACGGGAUCGACUAAAGGCACGCCUCCGAAUGGCUUUGCAGUGGGCUCAGAAGCUGGAAGCGGGCCAGGUGGAAGUGCAGGACACCUACGAGGUAGUACGACGUCUCGAAGUGCUUGUCCAACACAAGGAGUCGCAGCUGCGGGGACUGCACGCUCGUAAUGCCGAGGAGCUGGACAAGCUUAGGCACAAGCUGCAGCAAAAGGACGAAACGAUUAAGACACUCCUUCGGGGAAAAAUGGAACGGAGGCCAGCAGUGGACUAG